AUGCAGCGCGCCACCAAUGAGGACGAGCGUCGUCGCAUGCUCGAGCGUCUCAAGGAGGACUUCUUCCUCCCCCCCCUCUCCGAGCACAAGUAUCAUCUCGAGCAAGUUAUCGGCGAGGGAAGCUACGGAAUUGUCUGCUCAGCAGUCAACACCGAGACGGGCGAGAAAGUCGCCGUCAAGCGCAUCAUGCGCGUCUUCGAGGAGGCCCCCGAAGCCACGCGCACGCUACGUGAGCUCAAGUUUCUCCGCUUGCUAAAGGGCCACGAUAACAUCAUUACCAUCAAGGACGUCCUUCUUCCAUCCGACCGCAACCUCUUUGACGACGUCUUCGUCGUGCUCGAGCUCAUGCCCACCGACCUUACCCGCGUCCUUCGCUCCAAGAUCGAGCUCUCCAACGAGCAUAUCCGUUGGCUCGUCUUUCAGUUGAUUCGCGGCAUUUAUUACAUCCACACUUCGCGCGUCUUCCACCGCGACCUCAAGCCCUCAAAUAUUCUCAUCAACGCCCAGUGCGACUUGCGUAUUGUCGACUUUGGUCUCUCUCGCGCCGCAGUCGACUGCCAGGAACCCGACGCCGUUUUCUGGACUGAUUACGUUGCCACCCGCUGGUACAGAGCCCCGGAACUCAUAAUGGCCGGCGCUUCCAAUUACACUCCGGCCAUCGACAUGUGGUCCAUCGGAUGCAUCUUUGCUGAAAUGCUUAACAAAGGCAGGGCACUCUUUCCUGGCCACAACCCAGAAAACCAACUCGACCUCAUCGUCGACGCCCUAGGAAACCCGAGUCCAGAGGCCGCCGCCUCUGUCCGUGAACCUCGUGCGCGCACGCAUCUGGCCCGUAUGCCGCGCCGUCCGCGUCGACCAAUGAAGGAGCUGUGUCCAACAGCCGAUGCGCCCGCCCUGGAUUUGCUCGAAAAGAUUCUCGAGUUCGAUCCCGUCAAGCGCAUCACUGCGGAAGACGCCCUCAAACAUCCGUACUUGCAAAUGGAUGUCAUUACGCCUGGAAAGCCAAUCGACAUGAACGAGUUUGCGUUUGAGCGAAGGAGUCACUCCAUUCCAGAAUUGCGCGCUCUCUUUCUGGAGGAAAUCCUAAAGUAUCAUCCAGAGCGAAGGGACGAAUACUUGCGGCACACGGACCAGCCCGUCUUGCGCUACGCCCCUGUGGACCAGGUGUCCCGGUUUAGAGACGAGAUGAAUGCGCAUCAAAACGGCACCGAGCCUCCGCGGGCGUGGGAGUCGAUGCCAAACCAACAACUGACGCAAUAUUGCCAUACAGCGAUAGAUAGUCGCAACAGCCAGACCCAGUCUGUCAGUUAUCAGGGUGGUAGGCUGGGGAAUGCCGUCACCACGAGCACAGAUGGUGCGACACAAGCUGCGACUGCAGGUGCUUCGGGUGUCGCAAAUGAGGCACACCCCAAUGGAGCGCACUUGACCACGGCCAAUAUGAAUGGCGCACCCAUGGGCGCAGAAGCCGAUAGAGAAUAUGCAGCAGCGCAGCAAGAUGUAGGGAUGGGGAAUGGGGACGACCAUCAGCUUCCCAGAUAUGUAGGCAAGUUUUCAACUGGCAGCGCUUCUUCCACCGUCGCAUUCCGACAAGCAUCGGGCGAGUUGGGUGCUGUCCCAGAUAGACGCGUCAGUGAAACAGUCGAGAGCAUGACGGACAUUGGAACGGAAAUCGUCUCCGAUAUGACAGACGAACAAGUGAGUGCAUGAAGAGCCCUGACCCAAGCUUGUUGUUAUGAGUAUGCAAAGAAUUGGGGGUUGUCAUCCUCAUGGGGUUUGUAUAUGCUUUCAUCGACGUGCCCAUGCCACGUCUCAGGGUGGAAAACGGUGACGCAGAUGACGAACAACUAAUGUGGGGAAAAUAAUGACAUGCAACGCAAAAAGGCUCUAGCAUGGGAGAGGCCAUUAGCAUGUGCAUGCCUGCCUGUCCAGCCGUCGACACACUGCGCGCGUGCCCCAUUUACUCUGUCAUUGCCCUUAUCAGCGUCGGCGGCCCUCAGGUGUACAGAGGAUCUUUGAGGAGUUCAUAUGCGGCGCUCUUGGUUUGGGCGUGAAGGGGCAACGCGAGUGUAAGAUCUGCUAUUGUCAGGAAUCAGUUAAGCAAGUUGUGAGAGGAGGUACCGUGCGAGCAAUACCACAGAAGGCUGCAGAUGCUCACUGUACAAACUUGAACGCCUGUUUAUUCACGGAGUGCAGACAUUGGCGUGACAGCAACUGAGCGCACUCCGAAAGUUUUCAUAUCUUUCUGCCAGUUUGAAAGUUAAAACAACAUCACCACUGACGCCUUCCGGCUGUGCUCAAUACGAGCGGAUGCGGUCGCUCGCCUCAACCAAGAUUGAGAGCUUUUCCCGUGCAAGUCAGCAAGCGACUGGCUGCAAUCUUGAGACUAUGAAAGAAAUAUUCGUUGCAUGCAUCUACCGAAUGGUUGCUUUUGCUUGCUUUAGAGGGACCGGCCCGAACAAGGAUCCUAUCUCCACAUCAUCAGCACGUCUCUUCUUAUGGCUCAAGGUAAUGCCCGGCGGGGGCGGGGGCACCGGGUCCCCUUUCAACUUGGCGAGCUUGACCCUUAACGUAUGUACGUCCUCUUCCUUCCGCAACACUGUCCUCUGGAGCUCAAUGAACGUUAGAAUAUCCAUCCUAAGCAAAUCAAAGUUAUCCACGACAAUUGUCGUUGGCGUAGGUCUAGUCCCCACUUCCAAUUCUAUGAGCGCUUCAUCAAUGCGUCUCGAUAGCCUCGCACUUUGAGUGACGGGCGUGUAAAUCAUACUACUCCUUGCCAUAGCCCCC